ACAGUACGAUAGUAUCACUCUAAAAAGUAGUCAGAGCCUUUAAAAAAUUGUUUCCAGCAUAGCUGCAUCUGUGGAGGCGACGAGUAGCAGUGAUAUAUCGUUGUCGGGUACGAUCAUUGAGCUGAAACAUGCCCGUGCACGUCUUGCAUCCUACGGAAAUCUCAAAAAAGAAGCAGAAAGGGCGGCAGAGAAGAUGUUAGCAUUGGAUGACAACGUUCCUCAAUCAAUAACGCAAUCUACUCGAAAACGUAUUCGAGAGUUGGGAGAUAAAUGGAGAGAGUUGGAGAACACAAUAGAGGAUCACUUGAGUUGCGCCCGCAAAGAACAAAAGCGAUCUGUGCAAAAAUCGAUCAACAACGAAGAGCGACUCCUCGAGCAGCUCGAAAAAGGUCUUGCCGAUAGUGAAAAAGCCUCAGAUGCAGAGGAAUGCUGCGAACAUCUGGAUGUCAGGCCUUCGUUCACUUUUAUGCCAAUAAAUCUAGAGAGUCUCCUGGAAAAAGUGAGCAAAUCGUUAGAGGUGGACGAAGAGAUUUUAUCUAUGGACGAGUCGUAUGUUCGCGAUUCGCUGGCGCGAUUGAACGAAUCGCGACAGCGACUUACGGAUGCGACACGUGAACGCAUAGCAGCGUUGUCGCGUGCCGUUGCCGACUGUGAAAGAUUCGAGAAGCAGAUGGCUGACAUUCAGCAAUGGAGUGCGCAUGUUUCUACGCUACUGGAUUUAAGGAAAUCCAGUGAUGUUUCCGCGCUUGAUGUCCCGGAUGAAUACAAGGAGCUGGCUCGUGAGUUCGCAACAUGGUCAACGGCCUUGGAAAAGACGGCUUUAUGGCUGGAAGAGGGUGAAAGGAAGAACAAUGAACGAUUUCAUGACCAAUUUGCGCAUGCUAAGAACAUCUUUGCUGAUCUCAGCCAAAAAUUUGCUGAUUUUAAACAUCCGAAAGCGUUCGAAGAAAAACUCGAGAGGACUGUGCAUAAACUUAGUGACAUUGAGAAUUCCUUAGACGAUAUGACAGGAAUCGAAGCAAUUUUCUGCGCUGACGCAUUGACGGAAGCAAAAUCUUUAGUGAAGAAAUUGAUUGCUAUAGAAGAAGAUAUUCAAAGCCUAGAGAAGGGGAAGGAGCAGUUGAUUCAGGGAGGAAUUUUUGAUAAAGAGUCAGCAGCUCCGUUUGCAGAAAAGAUUCGGUUAGGCAAGAAGAAGACGAAAGAAUUGGGCGUGAGAGCUGAAGAUGCUGUGGAGCGUUUGGAGGAUUGCGUUGAAAUGUAUAAUAAAUUGCUAAAAGAAUCCGAACAAGUAGAGGAAUUUUUGGAUGGAUUGGAAAAUCGAUUAGAGAAAUAUGCUUUGGAGGAUAAGUCAGAUGACGAAGAUGUGGUGAAUGAAUUGGUGAACGAAUGGAAUCGUCACGAGGCUUCGUUGCGAAAUCUUGAAGAACUUGAACGUCUUCUUCGCGAAAAUGCCGUCAAAGUUAGCGAAAGUGUUUGCGCAGACAAACGACGUAGAGCUGAUGCUUUGAAAAUACGAUUAGAUGGGUGGAGUAGAGCUGUGCAGACAAAUAUUGAAGAUCCUUUUGGAAGAAAGCCAAGUUUUGAUGAUCAAACCAACGCUGAUAAUUUCCAAAGAAUUGGAACAGUGAAUUGGAUUCUUGCCAAUUUCAAGCUCUCAUAA